GCUGUAGCUAGCUUAAGUAAAAAGUAUGAGAGCAAUGUUUUCAUUUUUAUUUUGUACUGGAAUGAUUACUCGUGGUCGCAUCAUCGGCGCAAGUUUUUAUUUUAAAAUAAAAACUUAUUCAUAUUGGUGAAAGUAGUAAACUAUCUUUGAAAAACAACGGUAUAAAUGGAAGUAAAGAGAUCCGAGGACUCCGAUUGUUUGAAGAAACCAUGGUACAAAUACGUAACCGUCGAACCGGUGAUGUUCUUCUACAUGAUGGCUUACAUGAUAACAAAUGUUAUUGAGCAAACAUUUUAUGUCUUCCGAGCUUGCACCAUCAAUCACGGUUAUAGCGAAGAUAUAUGCUACAACAUAGCGAGCUAUGAUGCAAUCAAUAAGGAAGUACAGAUGACUGUGUCAACGUUUCACCAAUGGAAUGGUAUCGCGAGCCACAUAGUGCCGCUACUGUUGGCCUUCUUCCUCGGCUCAUACAGCGACAAGCGGGGCCGCAAAGUGCUGCUGCUCGGUGGCUUAAUCGGCAAACUGUACUUUUCUUUAAUGAUUACCUUCAAUACGAUGAAAGAAUGGCCGUUGGAAUACGUCAUAUACACUGCGGCUUUCCCGAGUGCACUAACGGGAGCUGAUCUCGCCAUCUUCGCGGGAUGCUUCGCUUACAUAGCUGAUGUGUCUUCAGUCAAAAACAGGACCUUGAGGGUCGGUGUGCUGGACGUGGUGUAUUUAAGCACCAUGCCCACUGGAGUCGCUUUAGGCAACCUGCUUUACAACAGAGUGGUGAACCGAUCAUUCACCGCGAUGUUCGCAAUCAACUCCUGCCUGAUGAUGGUCGCGACCGCGUAUUGCUUCCUGUUCUUGGAAUGGCAGACGAGACCAGAGCAGAAGUCGUUGAGAGAGGCUGGCGUUAAAAACCCCAUAAAUGAUUUUUUCGAAUUUAAUAACAUCAAGCGAACUUUGACGACAUUGACGAAGAAGAGGCCUCACAACAGGAGAUUGUUCCUCUGGUUCCUAUUGAUUUCCAUGGCGUUUUAUACAUUCCAGAGAGAUGAAAAGCCGGUGUUAUAUCUGUACACAUCGAAGGUUUUUAAAUGGGACGCGACAGACUUCAGCAAUUUUCGAACUUACCUGAGUACGGCGUACGUGGUGGUUAUGCUCUUUGGUAUACCGCUAACUACAAAGGUACUCGGUUGGAAAGACACGAUAAUUGUGAUGAUGGGUGCGUCCGCGCAUAUGACUGGUCACAUGAUAUAUGCGCAUGCGCAGACAGGGACUAUGAUGUACAUCGGCGCGACAGCUGCUGCACUCGGACCUUGUGUCGCUCCACUAAUUAGAUCCAUGACCUCCAAGGUGCUGGAACCGGCAGAGAGAGGUGUGGCGUUCGCUUUCCUGUCGGUAAUGGAGAAUGCAGUCGCAAUGUUCGCUUCAGUGAUAUAUUCCCAGAUAUACAAAGCCACGCUCGAUACCAGUUUUAUUAGCGCAAUAUUUUACCUAACUAUAAGUACGCAGGCCAUUGUCUUCGUACUGAUUAUGUGCAUGGAAAUUAUGCUGAAAGGUAAAAGACUGGAAACGCAAAUGGAACAGGACAAGCGUUCGAUAUCUUCACCUUGAAUUCGAAUUAUAAAAAAAAAAGAAAAAUUAAUAUAUAAAAACUCGUUUGGGUUUUCCCUAAGAAUAUAAUUUACACCUUAUAUAUUUGUUUCGUGUCCGUUAUAAAUUUAAUUGGCCUAAGUUCCAUUGAGAUCAUAUAUGCGCUUAAAUGCCUUAUCUUUGUCAAUUUUUUUAAAAUGGAUGUUAAAUCCAUAAAUAAUGUAUGUUGUGUUGAUAAUGUUAAUUAAACUAAUUAAAUAAUCA